AAAGGAGAUACCGAGAGAGAGAAAGAGAGUUUCGAAGCUUGGCUUCGCGCCAAAGUGUAUUUUCCUUCAGAGAGUGGCAGUCCAACAAUGGAGGUGAAGGGGAAUAUUCCUUCAGAGUUUUAUCUUUUGCCUUAUGAGGAUCACUCAAUCGAUAUCACUGCUAGAAAGCGGAAGCGAGAAGAUGAGUACUUGAGCACUGUGCCACCUGGGUAUAGGUUCAACCCCGACGACGAUGUGCUAAUUCGGGAUUACUUGAAGCCCAAGGUCUUUAACGAGCCCAUGCCACAAAACCAGAUGAUCGACGUUAACAUAUAUCUCUACAGCCCCGAGAUUCUUGCAGAAACAUACAAACAAUAUGGAGGAGAAACUGAAAUGUACUUUUUUACUCCAAGAGAUCGAAAGUACCCAAAUGGAAGUCGUUCAUAUCGAGCAGCUGGCGAUGGAUUUUGGAGGCUUUCUGCAGCAGAGAAGCAAGUUAAAGAUUCGACAAACACUGUAAUUGGGUUUAAGAAGACACUGGUUUUCUACAAAGGAAAAUUUCCAAAGGGUGACAGCACUAACUGGCUUAUGCAUGAAUAUAGAAUCAUCAAUCCUCCAAUUGAUCAAAAUGAUAUGAAAUUGGACGACUGGACUCUAUGCAGGAUCUAUAAUUUGAGGGCGGAAGAUGCGCCACGUGGGGCCGUAGGAGGCGGAGCUGAUGUCAGGCUGGCUCGGAUCCAGAAUUUCAUGUUUAGGGGGUAGAAUUAAAAAAAUAAAAUGUAAUAAUAAUAUAAUUUUUUUGAUCUACAUAAGAGAAAAAUUGGGUCAAAGUUAUGUCUCAAUUAUUUCUCUUAUAAAUAUAUAUGACUAGUUUUUGUUAAUAAUGGGUGAUGAAUACGUCCAUU